AUGAAGAUCGCAAGAACCAUCAUCCAGCCCAUCCGGUCUUUGACUGCUGUCCCCUUCACAGGAAUUCAACCCAGUCUGCGCAGGCAGAUCAAGGAACUCAACCGCAGUCGCUGUCACUUUACGCGCGUCAAGCCGAUCGAACCAAUCUCCAACACCCGGCCCCUCUCGCCAUCUCGAACAUUGCGAAAGCGCCGACACUUGACGCCCGAACGCUUCGAGAAACAAUAUGAGAGGCUCGACCAUCUCGUGCCUCUAGACAACCACCACUCCAGGUUCCUGAGCGACCUGGCCGAGCCAGGUCUCUUCCUGGAGAAGGACUUCGAUGCCGUCCAGGAGGACGAAGAAGCACAACGCCGACCCACCGAGGUCGUGUGUCUGGAGAUGGAGGACACUGACGUUGUGAUGACCGACUAUGAAGAGAUGGAGGACGUAGAGAUGAGAGAUGCGUUGUAUCCGCCGCAUUUGGUCUACUGGCAAGGCGAAUAUCCGCCACCAGAGUUCUUCUUUCCUUUUCCCCCUCCCUACGCUGGAAUCGACAUCCUCCAGCAAGAGAUUAAGAUAGAAGAAGUCUGUUCGACUGUCGCGUGCGACCAGGUGGCUCAGGAGUCACCUGUGAAGCCAUCGCACGUCGAACCAGAGCUAUUGACCAAGGAUCCGGUGGUUGAGUAUUUCGAGAACCUGGAAUACAAUAUUGCACGCGGAAUCUUGCCACCAAACAUCGCCGCAGAGGCAACGAGCCCUGAAAAUCCUCCAGCAGAAAAGCUGGGAGACGAGAAGGUCGGUGUCGAGCAGGUCUCGCCCGAGAAGGACUCAAUCCCAGAGGGAAAAGAGCGAGAGCCAGAGCCAGAGGCUGCCAAAGUUUGGGAUCCGGUCGAGUCACCGGUUAGGAGACAGACUGUGUCAUUUGAACAUGUCCCAAGACAGUACCAUGGCCUGGUGGAGGAGGCAAUUGAUUUCUCGGUUGACCAGAUGAAACCACCGCCAGAGUGGUGGAAGUCAACUACGCUCAAAGGAAGCGACGGAGACAAAGAGCAUGGCAAAUGCGUAAUUCGCAGUUUCGAGCAGUAUGCAGCUUGGCCGCCUCACCUCCAGGUACAGCCACAAUUCCACUGUCCCGAUCAACAAAACCCAAAAGGGGAGUUCAACACACCAGCAAGCUGCCGGUUAGGCCUGAAACGCAACAGAGAGGAACGAAAGCGUUUCUCUGAGAUCCGAAAGAACCACCCCGAAGUUUGGGAGGCAAUCAUCGGCACGAUGCUUCAAGAGGGUGUGAGCAUUGACAGCAUGCUCCUGUGCCACGAAGCGCAAGAUGAGAAAGGCAACACCGUUGACCUUCGACCACAAGUGCUCGACGACCAAAAAUGGUGCGUGGACGAAUGGCGAUUCGACAAUCUGAGCUGGCACACAAUGCAAGACGCUGCACUGCCCCUUGACUGCUCUCAAGAGUUCCACAAAGCGCCCAAAGGUGAUGAGCGAGUGUUUCAGGAGACGAUUGCAUAUCUGAAAGGCCAUCCUGAGAUCUGCUACGUCUUCCGCAUUCUCGUCUCGGAAUGGCUCAAGGUGGAGGCGAACCAAGUGGCCUUUCGAAGGAUUGCGCGCAAGGCGGGCUGGUGUCCAGCGGCCGAACACCAACUCCAGCGCGAAUUCAUCGAGUGGGUCUUUGCCAACGCCAGCGGAACAGCAAAGGAGAUCUUUUCGCUGGUCGAAAAGCAUUUCUCUAACCGAUAUCCGCGGUUCUUGGCUGCCGCCAUCGAAGAGAAGGAGACCGCCACCUCCUAA